GCUCUCAAGGUGGUGCCUGACAGGAAAGCUCGGGCUGAAGGGCAUGGCCAAUUUGUUGCGGUUUUUUUUCUCCCCUUCGAGUCCUUCGGGGCAAUGGAGCAAUGGUCGCUCUGCCUAGCCGGGGCCAGUGCGGCACAGUACUCGUACACGGAGGCUGGGCUUCAGACUUCGUGGUGCCCGCGCCCGAAAGCCCAUUCAGUGUGCUGGUGGUGGGGGGGCUGGCGCUUUUGGCACUGACAGAAUGGGGUGUCAUGGACGGGGCACCGACGGCUCUCUUGGCGUCCAAUUCGUGUCGGGGCAUUUCUAAUCGUUCUUCAGAGCAUAAUGCGAUAAAAAAAGAUCGCGACUCUUAUUCUUUUCCCUCCCCGGUAAAGCGUGCAAGAAAAAAGGGUCAGACGAGAAGGGGAAGGGGAGAAAAAAAAGAGGAACUGGUAUGAAUACCCAUUAUCUGGUCGAUAAUGCGACGAUCGAUGCUCGGUCAAUUUGAGGUUUGCCCAAGGCCGCCCUGAAGGGCAAGGUAAUGCGAUUCCCAAGCCCUUAUCCGGAGAUCUUCUCGUUAGCUUUGGCUGCGCCCCGAGUGGAAAGGAAGCCCAGGCGCACGUCCCGGGCUAGAGUUACCUAGUUUUCCAGUUGAAUUCGAACGCCCAGCCUCAUGCUGAAAGGGGU